AGGGUCAAGCUAGUGCAGAAUUGGUGGCGGAGCCCGACCUGCGGAGCAAACUAGGCGCUCGGGGCCGCCCGGAGCUGCCUCCACAGCUUCUGAAUGACUGGAAAAUCCAAAUCUCGCGGCGGCCCGAAAACCCCAGCGUCCGGACCGGGGCCCAGUGCUGCGGGCGCUGGUGCGGGCGCCAGCGCCGCGCCCGCGGCGGACUCGGCUGGGGCUAGUACCAAGCAGAAGCCGCAGCAGGGCGGUGCCAGCAAUGCCACAUCUAGCCCAGCUGGCGCUGGUGCCAAUGGCAGCGCACGAGUGGCUGCCAUCGGCACCACCAGUGCGGCUGUGCUAGCCACGCCAACGCCCCGCACCGCACCCCUGACACAGCAGCAGCUACGACGGCUGCGGCAGCAGCAGCGCACCGCCGCACCAGCCGUCCGUGCCCGCGGCGCCGCUGCCCCCGCCUCCGCCUCGGUUGGCGGCGCGCGUGCGGGCCGCAGCGGCGCCGGCCCCGCCAGCGGCCGCAACCGCGCAGCCCCGGGAGGCGAUCCGUCCGCCGACGCAUGGGCUGCCGCGGCGGCGGUUGCCGCCGCCGCCGCCGCAGGUGGCGGCGGUCGCGGUCGCGGCGGCGUCGGCGGCGCCGGCGACGGCGCAGACGGCGUCAGUGCGGAGGCAAUGGCGAAGCUGGUGGAUGCUGCGGAGGCGGCGCUGACGGAGGGGGCGGCGGGCGCGGCGCGGCUUCAGUCCAUGGCGGUGGCGCAGCCGGACCUGUACUCACGUGUGCUGCUGGGGCUGUUCCAGAAGACCCAGUCCCUGGAUCUCAUCAGCCGCAUGCCGAUGCCGCUGCCGCCGGAUCCAGGAUUCGACAUCGAGCCGCCCCUGCCCGGCGGCGAGUUUGACUUCGGCUGGAACGGCGGCGGCGGCAGCCGCGGCGGGGCCGGCGGCGCUGGCGGCGGCGGUGGUCCGGGUGAUGAGGGCGGCUACAUGGACGGCUACGGGCCGGGUGCCGGCGGCGCUGGCGGCGGGAUGCAGUUUCCGUUCCCGGAUUUUGACUACGACUUUGACUACGACCCGUUUGAGGGCGAGGACGAGGACGGGCUGUACGGCGAUGGGCUGUUCGGCCCUGGCGGCGAGGACCUGUACGGCCUGUUUGACGAGUACGGCGAGGGUUACGGUUACGAUGAUGAUGAUCUGUACGGCGACGCCGGUUACUCGGAGGACGAGGAGGGUGCAGGUGGAGAGGAGGAGGAGAGCGCGGGCGAGGACGAGUGGGAGGAGGUGGAGGGCGCGGAGGCGGCGACCGUGGCAGCGGCGGCAGCAGCGGCGGAGGCGGCGACGGUGGCGGCGGUGGCAGCAAUGGCAACGCCAUCUGUGGGAGCGGACGCACAUGUGGGCGCUGUGGCGAGCACGAGCAAGGACGCGGAAGAGGUGUGCGGUGUGGCAGCCGUCAGCGGCACACCCGGCGGCAAGGGCGCAGGCCCCGGGCCAACACCUGGGGCGCACAGCGCCCAGACGCCGCCGCCGCCGCCGCCGUUGCCGCCACAGCAGCAGCUGAAGGGCUGUGAUGCGGACGUUUCGUCACCAAAGCGGAGAGGCGCAUCAGCUGCGACGGCCUCAACCUCAACCUCGGCAUCAGCAUCAGCAUUAGCAGCGGCGGCGGCGACGACGGCGGCGGCCGGGGUAGCGGCGCGCGCGAGGUCGCCAGCAGGGAGAGCCUCGGGGCCGGCAGCGGGGCUAGGUGCAGGGCCAGGGCGGCGGCGGGUCGGGCCGCCGGUGGCGCUGGAGAGCUUGACGACACCGGGGUCGGGGGCAGCAGUGCGCGCGGCAGCAAGAGCGGCGGCGGUGGCGGCGGCGGGCACAGGCGCACCCGGGGCCCAGGGGAUGGGCGGCGGCGCAGGCGAGGCAGGCACCGGUGCCGGAGGCAGGCGCGUCGGCGGUGGCGACACCUCCUCGCGGCGCCAGCAACGUAUGGCGGCUGCAGCAGCGGCGGCGGCGGCUGGAGGUGGCGACCUGGGUGUUGACGCUGACGACGACGACCACGGGGUGCUGUUGGAUGAGCUGUUGGGGUUCCGCAUCACCAGCAAGCCGCCUCCCAGCUAGGCGGCAGCUAGGGGCGAGAGUGCUGCAGGGGGCAGACACGCAGUGCGCGCACGCCCUGCUUACGGACAGACAGAAAUGGGACCCUGGGUUAGUAUUGAUGCGCAUUUGACGGUCGACGGCUGACACAACGCGAGUAAGCUCAUUGUUUGGGCGUGCGGUGGGGGCGCGCUCAGCAAGUGUAGGCGCGGGCUGCGUGAUGCGCGAUGCACGUUGGUGUGGGUGAUACCGAUGACAGUCGCAACGGACAAGAGCGGAAGCGAGACUGUGUUUUUAGUUGCCGUUUUUGACGGUGCUUGGUGACACAUGACAUUGGAAUGAGUAUGUGUGUAUGUGUGUGUUUGGAGGAGUGUACUGAGCAGGUGGUUUGUGAGCAUGGGAGUGCAGCGAGCGAGAGACGGUGUAAGGGACUGCACUUACUAACAUGCGAACAAACAGCCCCAAGUACGCUACCCGGAAGCAGGAGGACUUUGCUUUUGGACCGAGACAGGGCGGGCUGCUAGCACGCGUAGGGCUGUUGUGCACGUGACGGCGCCGACGAAUGCAUGCCUGCGACACCAAUGUCGCGUUGGGUCCAGUGGGACUGGUGGGACAGUGCGCGGUGAAGGCAGGUGCAAGGCAGGUGCAAGGCAGGCGUAAGGCAGGCGCUACAGACAUGCAGGAUGUGAUUAGGAAUGCCGUGUGGGAGUGGCGGGGGCGGUGCGGACGCCGCGUCGCAGACAUUGCGUCGGCCCUGUGAGUUGUGCAGCGCCUGCAGUCCGCUGUGGGCAGGGGUCAUGGGGUGGCCUGCUGGUUGCUCCGCCGUGGCGGACAGGUGUGCCUAUCGUCCUGUCCGGCGGCCUGGCAGGGGCACCGGUGGUGCAGGAGUGUGGGACCCGGCUGGGAGCUUCUGCUGUGCGCGUGUGCUUGUGGACUCAUGGAGUCGUGGUCGCGUGGGCCCGGGGGCCUCGGGUGCCCGACUUGCGAGUCGAGUGCGUGCGUGGCAGUCAGUCAGUGAGUCAGCCAGUGUACUGACGAUCCCGCGCGGUGCGAUCUUGGGUGCGGUGCAGUGUGUGUGCACACAGAGUCACAGAGUGUGUCGCGCAGCCCGCAGUGUGCUGGUGGAGGGGUGUGCUGGGAACCGCGGGAGGCGCGGGCGGUGGGCUGUCCUGUGUAAGGAUGGCGACAUACGGCACGUCACUGCCGCUUAGAAAUGCCACGUCGGCAGGUCAGGCCGAAAGCCUGACAAGAGAAGGUGGCUCUCCCUUGCAAGGGAAAAGUGGG